ACUUCUCGGACGGGACAGGUCGUAAACACCAGCACCUUCCAGCUCAUGUAACCACGUCGAGGUCCGCGGCUGGACGCCUGCAGCGACAGAGACCUAUGGCGACGGGCGAGGCGCUGCGCGUGCUGCAGAUGGUGGUGACGGUGCUGAUCUUCUCGGUGGGCGUGACCCUGAACGGGCUGGUGGUGUGGGUGCUGGGGGUCCGCAGGAGGCGCGGCGGCAGGUCCGUGGGGGGCGAGACGCAGAGCGCCGGCAGCUUCCGCUUCUACGUGGUGAACCUGGCCCUGGCCGACCUGGUGCUGCUGCUGCGCACGCCGCUCAUGCUGGGCUACCUGGCGCACCACUACAGCUGGCCGUUCGGGAAGCCGCUGUGCCAGGUGGUCAUGUUCCUGCGCUGCCUGGGCCUGUACGCCGGCGCCUUCCUGCUCAGCGCCAUCGCCCUGGAGCGCUGCCUGUGCCUGCUGCGGCCCGUCUGGGCCCGCCUGAGGCGCCCGCGCUGGGCGGUGCCGCUGAUCUGCGCCGUCCUGUGGGGGCUGGCCGGCGCCCUGUCCGUGCCCUACAUCACGGCGGCGGGGCUGGUGCGCAUCCACAACACGUCGCAGUGCCUGGAGAACAUCACGGGGAUCGGGAGCGGCCUGGUGGCGCUGGAGACCGGGGUGGGGUUCCUGCUCCCGCUGGUCAUCUUCCUGUCCUGCAACCUGGCCGUGAUCGUGUUCGCCCGGAAGUCCGAGAGCGCCCAGACGACGCCCGGCUCGCCCGCGUCGCCCGGCGGACCCUCGUACACGUCUCAGAGGCUGAACCGGCUCUACCGCAUCCUGUUCCUGACCAUGCUCCUGUUCCUGACCUGCUGGGUGCCCUACUUCACCUGCCGCUUCCUGAAGGCGCUGGCGUCCGGCCGCGAGGACCGCGCCGGGCUCUACGCGGGCGCGUCUCAGGGCAUCUACGUCUCGCUGUUCCUGGUCUACGUGAAGAGCGCGCUCAACCCCGUGCUGUACGUGUUCGCCGCCCGCGGGCUGAGCCGCACCGUCCGGGCCUCGCUGCUGUCCGCCGUGGAGAAGGUCUUCAACGAGGACAUCUCCGACUCCCUGCGCCGGAAGUCCCUGCGGCGGCGCGACUCGCAGCUCUGAGAGACUUCGAGAGGAACCCGGCUCGCGACAGGAAGUCCGGCCGAGGGUUUGCAAGAACAGGAUGUGGUGCGGGUUUUUUUUUCGCAACGUCGUUUCAGAUGAACAGAAUAACGAAACGUUUUAUUUAGCUAAUUUGCCAACCGCAGGGACUGAUAACCAGCCUUCGUUUGCUUAUAUAAACAAAGAAGCUGCUCUAGUCUGUAAUGAUUAAAUAAAGAUUUUUAACAGGCACAUAAUAACGACAUGAACUUGUACGUGAGCGCCCCCUUGUGGAGGCUUUAUGGCACAUCUUGUUAACCACAGUGGGACCAGAUUAAAUGUUACCGCAAUGAAUUUCUGCUUGUGUGACGUAAAUAAAUUCUAUUUUUUGUUUAAAAUAAA